AUGGACUCGAUGCGGCAUCUGUCCACCUCGCUCCCUCGCGGUCGAAAUGAGCCCACCACCGAUCUCCUCUCCGACUUCAAGGCAGCUGCGCUUUCGGUUACAAAUCUGUACAAGACGGCGGCUAAGUCCCAAGACCGAGCUCGAGCAGCGGGAUAUCAAGAUGCAUUGGAUGAUCUUCUGACGUUCUUGGAUAAGGAGAGUCUGGGUCUCAUGGAUGGGGAAGGGUGGAGAGUACGGCAAUGGGCGACUGAGCGGCUAGAUGGAGAUGGGUCAGCACCCCGGCAAGGGACCGGCCCCAACUCGACAAUGGCAGAAGACGAGGAUGAUGGCAGCACGACCAAGGACGAUGAUAAAGAAGAAGAGCGAAGUUCGAGCCCAGAGGUGCAGCGGCGACCCCAAGCAGUGACGACUGUCAGCAGCGAUCUCACGGAGGAAGACUCUCAACACCGCCGGGUUGUCUCAGAACCACCACAACCAGCACCACUACAAAGCGAAUUUACUUUCCAGUCUAACCACGCAUAUCCCACGUCAAACCACGACCGGGACGGUAAUAACUCGAUGGAGCUGGAUUCAUCGACAACGCCACUUCAGCCCAGCAUAACCUCAUCCACGCCUUCAAGCACAGAGACGGUGCGGAUAGUAUCACGGCCGCAGCGUAACAAGCAACAUAACAGUCGAAGAAACGACAGUCGUAUCCCUACGCUCAACUUCAGCCUCGGCUCAGGCGCAGGCAACAAGCGAAAAAUGCCAUACCAAGACUUCUUCGACAUCUCCAACAUCAACACCGAUAAUAGCGAUCGAAAAGACGGCGGCGGAGGUGGUAAUGGCAGAGGUGGGAAGCGAGGGAGGCACGUCUAA